CAGCAGCACGUUUCCGCAGUACGUUUCCGCAGUUAUAAAGCAGAAGCCGGCUGAGGCUGAGCUGGCUGAAGAGAGAGGCUGCUGUAUACAGACAGAUAGACAGGCAGAUAGUGGAGCUAGUAAGAAAAAGCCUGUGUGUGUGAGGGAGACUAGCGUGCUAGGUCAACACCUAGCCUUUAAUAUUUAGCUUUAUUAUAUUUAAAAGGCUGCGGUGUUGGAGGAUGACUGCUUGAGAUAUGGCUCAGAAAGACACGCUGUUGCACCUCUUCGCUGGGGGAUGUGGUGGUACAGUGGGUGCCAUCAUGACCUGCCCCCUGGAGGUGUUGAAGACCAGGUUACAGUCAUCAGGCCUCACGCUUAGACCAGUGUUUCAGGUCCAGCUGGGCACAGUCAGUGGAGCUGGUGUUCUUAGGCCAGGUCCAGUAACACCAAGCCUCCUGCAGGUUCUACGGUCCAUUCUGGAAAAAGAAGGACCAAGUUCACUCUUCCGAGGUCUGGGUCCAAAUCUCGUUGGUGUCGCACCGUCAAGGGCGAUUUAUUUUGCAGCCUACUCAAAGUCAAAAGAGACCUUCAAUGGCAUUUUUGUGCCCAACAGUGGAGUGGUGCACAUGUCCUCAGCAGGGUUUGCAGCUUUUGUUACAAAUUCCUUGAUGAAUCCCAUCUGGAUGGUCAAAACCAGAAUGCAGCUCGAAAAGAAGGCUCGAGGAGAGAAGAAGACGAAUGCGUUACAGUGCGCACGCUACGUCUACAGGACGGAAGGGGUACGAGGCUUUUACCGGGGCCUGACGGCGUCAUACGCUGGAAUCUCAGAGACUAUGAUCUGCUUCCUGAUCUACGAGACACUAAAGAAGCAUCUAGCAGAAAAUCGGCUCACGGCAUCAAAUGCUGUCCGGGAAAAAGGAGCAUCCGACUUCCUGAGCCUUAUGGUAGCAGCUGCUUUUGCCAAGGGCUGCGCCUCCUGCAUAGCAUAUCCACACGAGGUCAUUCGGACACGGCUCAGAGAAGAGGGCAGCAAAUACAAGUAUUUCUUCCAGACGGCGCGUCUGGUGGCAGUCGAGGAGGGCUACGCAGCAUUUUAUAGAGGACUCAUUCCACAGCUCAUUAGGCAGAUUCCCAACACUGCCAUAGUGCUCUCCACCUACGAGCUCAUCGUCUACCUGCUGGGACAGCCUUCCAAAUAAGGCCCGCGCACAUGUACACAGAGAAUCUUGGAACUGUAGCUGAAACGGAGAGCGUGAAUCCUGUGAUCAUAGGCUGCUUUUUUUUUCUUGAAGAACAGGAUGCAGUUUUGCAAUAAAAUCCAAAGACUUUUUCCAAAAAAAAAGCCUAUAUUUUUUAUUUGGAUGCGUACACACACACAUACACACACACACACACACAUACCAUCAGCUGUACUGUUUCUGUUUAAGGUCAUCCUGCAUCCUCAAUGACGAAAUAAAAUGAUCUAAUAUGAAACACGUGAAGAUAAAACAGGAAUACAUACAAUGUUUAUGGGUUAACUCGAAGUGUUUGUUAAUAUUGCAUCAUUGUACAGAAAGAGGUCAUCUAAAGACACAGUGCUAUUAAGUUAACUAAAUUAUUUUGUUCUUUCUGUUUUUUUAGUUUUAGUGUUUGUUUGUUUGUUCAGUCAUGGUUCUGUUCCACUGCUGUAUGGUACUCAUCCAAAGAUGCUGCAGCUUAAAUUUCCGGGAGUGAUGCUGAACUGGAAUUGAAGCAUAGGGUAGCUCUUUGGGACCUAACGUGUACCUUACCACUCGCACUGCAUUGUGUUGCAGUAGGUCUGAGUUCUGCAUCAUGUAGUGACCUGGAGUUUGACCAAGUCUGUGUACUGUAGUUUUUAGUUCUAUCUGUUUACUGUAUGUUUGUGAAGUUUCAUCUUUUACAGAAAAGGAAACAGAAAUGCAUAUGCGACCAAUGGUUCAAUAAAAUGCAUAGAAAUAA